AUGUCUACAAUUCUGCGGACUUUGCGCAACCUGCGCAGAGCAGGUAUCAAGGAUGCUCUUCAUCAAAUGCACUACCAAGGUGAUACCAAGGCCGGAACCUUCAUCGCAAAGGAUCGAUAUGGCAACAAGUAUUUUGAGAACCUCGAGGAUGAAUUACCACUACGCACAAGAUGGGUAGACUACAAGGACGACGAGUUCAGCCCAUGUCAAAUCGAGCCCGGAUGGCACGCAUGGAUCUCAUACAUGGUAGAUAAGCCACCGACCGAAGAUCUUCUCUUGCAGCAAAAACAACCCUGGCAGUUACCGGAUCAUAGACCAACUUUCACUAUGAGCCGUGCUGCUUUCAAGACUUAUUCUACUGUCAAACCAAAGAUUACUGCCUGGACCCCUCAGACUGUCGAAAGAGCGUGA